AUGAGAACAGAAGAGAAGAAAGGAGAAGAGAAGAGGACAAACGAGAUAGGAGUAUUUGGAGGGCGUGGGUUGCCCAAGCUCCAUGAGCCCACCCUCGGUCCAGCCGCUUACGCCAAGAGCGAUGCAAGGCAUAACGUCUUGGCCAUGGCUGGACUGCAGCCAUUUACCCAUGGCUGGGAGGAGGAAGUAGAUUUAGCAGAGUCUCCAGAACAGCAUGGUGCAACCAGUGCUGCAGAAAGGCAGAGGGAGUACAGGGCCAGAAGAGACGCUGACCCAGAGAAAAGGGAAAAAUAUCUGAGGCAUGAGAGGCAGAGAUGGAGGAGAGAUGUUGAGGCAGGAAAAAAGAAAGGAAUCAAGGAGCUGAGUGAGAGAGGUCAGAGGACAAGGAGAAAGAUGUGGCGCCAGGCUAAGAGGAGACAGAAGAACAGGGAGCAGCUUGCCCUUGGGCCCACCCCUCCUGUACCUGAAACAGAAAAUCAUGUGCCCAUGUCACACCAGGCUACAAGACAAUCUGUGCAGGGAAAGAAAAAAACAAGGAAAUCAAAAGAGAAGAUGAAAAAGAAGAUAGCAGAACUAGAGCAAUUACUACAACAAGAGAGACAACAGAAAGAGAAAUACAAAAAAAGGCUACAACGUGUAAAGAAUGACUUGCCAAGAUCCCCUGUCAAGAAAACUUUACAUUAUCAUGAAGCACUCAAACUUCAAAUACAGGAGACUUACAAACAAGCAAAGACCGAAAAACAGAGGCAGUUAAUAUCAGGCGUAGUGGUCAGUGGGAUCAUGAGAAAAUACAGAAUGCUGAAAAAGUCAGAGUGCGCAUUGGGAUUUUCAAAGAAACGCCGAAGCCUAGCCAACUGUGAAAUAUUGAAAUUCAAACGCAAGAAGAUCACAGCAUUUGAUGACAUGAAGAAGAAAGUGAAGGAGUUCUUCACACGUGAUGAUGUCAGUAGAAUAACCACUGGCAAGAACCAAACCUCAACAAAAAAUAAAACAAAGAUGCAAAAGAGGUUCAUGGUUGACACAAUGAAGAAUCUCCACCAAAAAUUCAUGUCAGAAAACCCAGGGAGAUUGUCUUAUUCAAUGUUUUGCCGUCUCCGGCCUUUCUGGGUUGUUAAGCCCUCUCUUGCAGAUCGUGAAACUUGCAUGUGCAAGCUCCAUGAGAACCUUUCAUUUGUUGCCCAAAAGCUCAAACAACUACAGCUUAUUGAGACAUCAGAGCUGGAAGAACUUGCCAAUCAAAUUUGUUGCAGUCCAUCAAAUAAGCACUGCAUGUAUGGUGAGUGUGAGCAGUGCAAGAAGGAAAUUAUUCCCAUAUCAGACGCCUACAAACCAGAGGAAGACGUUGUUUGUCCACAAUGGAUUAUGAAAGAAAAAAACAAAAAAAAUGAAGAUGAAAAAACUGUGAAGAUUACUGUUAAAGAGAACCUGCACACAUCCCAAGAAAAUCUUGUGGAAAUGUUUCAUUCAUUGCUUCACAGAUUCCGCAGGUAUCUGUUUAACAUUAAACAACAGUACGCCCACUGUCGUGAAUUGAAGAGGCACAUGCCCAUGGACGAGUGCCUCAUUCACAUAGAUUUUUCAGAGAAUUUUACCUGCAGGUAUGGUGCAGAGGUCCAUAUGAUGUAA